UUGAUUUAUCAAUUUCCAUCUGACCCCUUUACAUAUUCCAAGAAUCUUCUCAUCAAAUUUUCAAUUCUUGAUAUUCUCUAUUCCUUCACAAAGCUUUCAGCAACUUUUAAUCACCUAACAACUUGCAGAAAAUAAAGUGGAAAAAAAAAUAUACACCAUUUUUUUUCCUGUUAAAACUGAUAUAAACAGUAAUGUGUGUGCAAGAUUCAGAGGAAGUGAGUGAGGAUAUGGAGAAUUUGGACAUUUCCAAGACUGAUUGCAGUGAAAAGAUCAGAUCUUUACAAAUAGAAAGUGAAUUCCCAAAUACUCAUAAAGAGAAAUUUGAAAAAAACUCAUCUUCUAGCUAUGCUGUGAUGAGAAAUUCAUUCCCAAUGGAAAGUAUAUCUGAGGAUACGACUAUUGCAGACCGUCAGCAUAUACUCUUCAAUAAAUUCCUCCCAACUCUUAGGUCCGGAGAGUGGUCUGAUAUUGGAGGCCGUCGUGAUAUGGAAGAUACUCACAUCUGUAUUGCAGACAUGGCUAAGAACUUUGGUCAUAGUAUUAGUGAUGAGGAAGCUAUCUCCUUCUAUGGAGUCUUUGAUGGACAUGGUGGAACGGGAGCAGCACUAUUUGUACGCGACUGCUUACCAAGAAUCAUCGUAGAGGAUGCAGAUUUCCCUUUGAAGCUCGAAAAAGUGGUCAGUAAAUCUUUUUUGGAGACCGAUGCUGCUUUUGCCAAUUCAUGCUCCCUCGAUUCUGCCUUGUCCUCAGGCACAACUGCACUCACUGCUAUGAUAUUUGGAAGAUCAUUACUCGUGGCAAAUGCUGGUGACUGUCGAGCUGUUCUCUCUCGAGGUGGACUGGCUAUAGAAAUGUCAAAGGAUCACAGACCUUGUUGUGUCAAUGAAAGAACACGUGUUGAGUCCUUGGGUGGAUUUGUCGAUGAUGGCUAUUUGAAUGGACAGUUGGGCGUGACCCGAGCACUGGGUAACUGGCACAUCAAGGGUCUGAAGGAAGUUGAUAAAGGUGGUCCAUUGAGUGCUGAACCUGAACUAAAACUGCUUACACUGACUAAGGAGGACGAGUUCCUGAUCAUCGGCAGUGAUGGAAUUUGGGAUGUUUUCAGAAACCAAAAUGCAGUGGAUUUUGCCCGGAGGAGACUGCAAGAACACAACAAUGUGAAAUUAUGCUGCAAGGAAAUAGUAGACGAGGCCAAAAAACGCGGUGCCAUAGACAACUUAACAGUAGUCCUGGUAUGUUUUCACUCCGAGCCACCACCACCUAUCGUAUUCCAAAGAUCAAGAAUCAGGAAGUGUAUCUCUGCCGAGGGGCUUCAGAAUCUGAAAUCUUUACUCGAAGGGUAGAGCUAUCGCGUACAAAAAAUUUAACUUUGGCAGCAGUUGAGAACGAAUUCGACUUUGUAAAUAUCUCUGAGAUAGACCUUGUAAUGUUCCAAUUUAGAACUGAAGCAGAUGGAAUAAAAGCUUGAGGGAGAAAUGAGCAAGCCAUUGAACCAAAAAUUUGUAAAUAAUUCAUUCUUCAAUUGUAUGCACCCUUUACUGAAAGGGCACACAUUUAAAAUUCA